AUGAAGGUUAGAAAGAGAGAGGGAGGAGAGAGGGGGGCCACGGGUUUUGCUUAAAAACAAAACUCUCGGCCUCCAUGGCUUAGGGUUUGAUAAAAAUUCUGAAACCCUCCGCUGCCAUGGCUGAUGGUUACAAAGAGAGAAACAUAGAGAGUUGAGACAGAAAGAUGUUGACAGUCGCCGGACGACCUUCUCGUCGAUCGACUUGCCAUCGUCGCCAUCGACAUUGGCUGCUUUCUUCCUUCUACAUGAUUUUGUCAUUGCCGCACACCUCCUUCGACCACAGACUAGAUCUUCUUCAGUGGGCAAUCCCAGAAAACGAGCUUCGGCUAUGUCGUCCUCAGUGGCUGAAGAGAAAUGAGAGGAGCCUUACGCCUGAGACGGAAAGAGUAGGAGAAUAAGAACGAGAGGGUGACGGUUUAAAGGGAGAGAACUCGGAGGAAAAAACAUGAGAAGGAAAGGCUGCUGGGUGCUGCCAUCGUAAAGAAAAAAGGGAAGAAGAAAGAGGAGGAGCGGAAGAACGCAGAGGCAGUGGUCUAAUGUCCCUGCUACAGCCUUUUGCAUCAGCUACUGCUUGUCGCCUUCCGAAACUGCCGCUCCAUGGUGCUGAGAUAGCCGGACUCUUGUUGUCCACUCCACCCCGUGGCUCUUUGUCCCCUUCGUCAGUGAGGAGAGAUGCUUGCCUUCCACCUGCAACCGAGAGUAUCCUGUUGCUUCAUUAUGAAUUAUUCCCGGGUCCUCUUCUCCUCUUCCAUUCCAGCACUCAACCCCAUCGCGAACUCCACACCGGACGGUCCGCUCAACCAGUCGCUCCUCUACCUUAUGGAGCAUUGCCAGAGUUUCGAGCAACUAAAGCAACUCCAUGGACGAACCAUAGUCACCGGUCUAAUCAAUGACCGUAUCUACUUAACUUCAUUCCUCAGCUUGUGCACCAGGCUUGAUAGUCUUGAUCAUGGUCUUUCUAUAUUUGAUCGAAUUGUUAGUGUUGAUAUGCUUAUGUGCAACACAAUCAUGAGGCAAUGUGUGUCCAGCUCUUCACCGUGUGUAGCUUUUGAGUUCUACAAGAAAUUAUUGAGUAGAGGGGCUAGCCCUGAUAGUUACACACUUCCUCUGGUCAUAAAAGUGUGUGCCCAUCUGCUUUUGCACCAAGAAGGGAGAGAAUUUCAUGCCCAUGUGAUUAAGUUUGGAUACGAGCAGAAUAUAUAUGUACUGAAUGGUUUGAUUCAUAUGUAUGCUGAAUUUGGUGACGUGAUUACUUCUAAGCAAGUUUUUGACAGCAUGGUCGUAAGAGAUGUUGCUUCAUGGACUUCAUUGAUGCAUGCCUAUGCAGAUUCUGGUGACUACGUUGCUGCUCACAAGUUGUUUGAUGAAAUGCCUGAGAGAAAUGUGGUCGCAUGGACCACUAUGAUGGAGUGUUGGACAAGAGCUAAUCAACCUGGUAUCGCUAUAAGUGCUUUCUAUGAGAUGAAGGUUGCUAAUCAAGAUAUAGAUGGGGUUGCCGUUGUCACCCUGGUUACGGCAUGUGGGAAGUUGGGACGUGUCAAAAUUCUCUAUUGGGUUCAUGGUGUUAUUCAGAAACACGCACUAGAGGGCAAUGUAUCUGUAAUGACAACCUUGAUUGAUAUGUUUGCUAAGUGUCAUUCCAUUGAUUUUGCACAUGCCAUUUUCAACAGUAUGAGUACUAGGAGCAUUGUCACUUGGAAUGUCAUGAUUUCUUGUUAUGCAGAACUUGGUGAAUUGGGUAUUUCCUAUUACAUGUUCAAUCAGAUGCCCGACAAAAAUAUCGCUACUUGGAAUAGUUUGAUUGCAGGAUGCACUCGUUGUGGCUGUUACCAUCAAGCAAAGGAUGUGUUUAGGGUUAUGCUAUCGUCCAACUGGAAACCUGACCGGGUGACAUUGGUUACCCUUAUCUCAGCUAUUGUCAAAUCAGGUGAUUUGACUUCUGGUAAGCAAGUUCAUGGAUUCAUCUAUAGGAGCAGAGUUCAUUUGGAUGUCAGCCUUGGAAAUGCUUUAAUUGAUAUGUAUGCCAGGUUUGGGUUUGUGAAGAUGGCAAGACUGUUAUUUGAUUCCAUGCCCGAGAGAAACAUUGUUUCAUGGAACACCUUGUUGAUUGGGGCUGCCAUGCAUGGCCAUGGCAAUAUGGCUGUUGAUCUUUUUGAGGCGAUGCAGUCUUCCUUAGUUAAGCCAGAUGAAGUGACAUUUGUGGCCAUUCUUAGUGCGUGCAGUAGAGCAGGCAUGGUGAAGGAGGCAUUUUGGUAUUUUGAGAGGAUGAGAUCAGUGUAUAAUGUUGAGCCAAAGGUUGUCCACUUUACAUGCAUGGUUGAUCUCCUGGGAAGGGCAGGCUAUGUGGAUAAUGCAUAUCGACUGGUUAAAGACAUCCCAGUUAAACCGGACGCCAUAUUGUGGGGCGCCCUACUGGGGGCUUGUAAUGCUCAUAGCUGCUUUAACCUUGGGAAAUUUAUUGGUGCAACUAUGCUGGACGUUGCACCGGAUGAUAGUGCAACAUAUAUUGCUCUUUCAAAUAUGUAUGCUUCUGAAAAUAGGUGGGUGGAUGUAAAAACUAUAAGAGACCUUAUGAAUGAUAAGGGACUGAAAAAAACAUAUGGAUACAGCAUCUUAAAUGUGGAUUCUGAAAUUUGAAGAAUGUGAAUACAUGAAAACUUCUACUCUAUCACGAAAUCAUUUAUCUUGCUCUUUGAGGAUAGGAGUAAAGUUCCUUAAGUUCUCCCAUCAAGCAUCAGAACUUUGAAUCAAAGAUCUUCAGUUAAUCAAAUGCAAUACAAUUUGAAUUUCAACUGCCCGACAAAGAAGACGAUUUGGGUUUCAGUCACUGGUUUCUUUUACUUCUUAAAAAACAUGAAAAAGAUCUGUUACGAGUUCAAGCUAUGCCUCAUAUUUUUGGAAUUUUGCGUUGGAGGCCUGGCACAUCAGCAUAUUCUCUGGCAAGAAGCAGGCUGUCACAAGUCUAAGCAAGCACAGGCCUUAUGGAAAGAGUACUAUCUUUAGGGUUCUGUUCCAACAGGCAAGCCAGAAUAUCUUUUGGCUCAGCGAGGCCGUAGUUUCCUCGGCAUCCAAAUUAUUUGGAAAAAAAGAAAACUGAGAAAGGCGAUGUCAAGAAUAAAAGAUAAAAGGAAAGGCGAGUUAAAAGGUCGAUUAUAAAACAAAGCAGGUUACAAUAACACAAUAA